AAUGUUUGCUGUCAAUUCCCGCUGAUUUUGAUGGAGAUUUUACGUCAUAUUUCAAUAUAUUUCAAAAGUGUAAUCGGAUGAGGAUGUGCACUCUGACUUAUGAUGACUAUUACUAUUCAGUAAUAAAAUUUCUUGCGUCAUGUGGACUCGGGGGAAACAGCAUUUUUCAACAAGUUCGCAACAUGGCAAACUACGAAUGUUUAGCAACUAAAGAUGUUAUUCACGUCGGAAACAAUAUCACAGUCAAUGUGCAAGGGACUGUGUAUCUAGUAGUGAGUACAAAGACAAGGUGCUUUGUAAAAGGAAAGAUUAAUGCAUCACGAAUCUUGGAGCAGACCAGUGUAGAAUUGAGGAUCAGUCAUAGCAGCAACCAGAUUUGCACAGAAUGGAGUGGUGCAUUUCAUUACAAUAAGGAUUUGGCCUGUUUAGAAGGACUAGAUGACGUUUUAAUUGACGUGGAUGUCAGGCAAACUAAUGCAUCAACAAUUCUAUGGAUUGAAAUAAAAGGGGGUCAUCUGCAAAUAGACUGCAGAGAAGAUCAAUUUUCUGACCACCCUCUAGCUGGGGAAUCUAGCAUGAUUCUCAUCUUUAUACUUGGAGGAGUGGUUGUUGCACUGGUAGCUGGGGCAAUCGUUAUUGUCGUGUUCAUCAAAAUGAAAUUCUGUAAAAGAUCUGAUUUAAACGAACUUGAUACAAACGAGAAAGUCAUACCCACGACCACAUUAAAUCCUCAGGAUGGCGUCCAAUAUGGUGAGAAAAAUCAACGUCAAAGUAAAGACUCUGAAAAACAAACUUUUGAUUUAAUGUCAAACUGUGCAAUUUCAAACACUAAUACGAUAGAAACUUCACUUCCGGUACAGGAUGGGAAUUAUUCCUUAGUCAGUGCUUCAGAUUUUGAGGGGGGAAAUGACAAAGUGAAGGAAAGCAACAUUGAUACGAUAGAGACCUCACUUCCAGUACAGGAUGGUAUUUAUUCUUUAAUCAAUGCUUCAGAUUUUGAAGGAAAAAAUGACGGAGUGAAAGAUAAGUGUUUUGACAAAGAAAAUUCAGCAGAGUACAUCACAAAACAGAGUGAUGCUGUCAACACAGUUACUAAUCAGAUCAUUGGAGAGGUGACGGGGGAUGUGUAUGCCUCUGUUUGUAAAAGAGACAAUCUAGAAGACAGCCGAAUUACUGGUCCAAAAGGAGACAUAUACACAACUGUUUCCACGACGUUAAAAACAAAGUGAAUGUCUUGAAAUUUGGAGUGGGAAUCUAGGCUCUUAAAGAGGUUUAGAUCGAUGAAAGAAGGCAAAAUUUUUAUUUAGAGAAGUCAUUUUGUACAUACACUGAAUCCAAGUAACUUUAUAUUUUAGUUUUGUUGUGCAGAGAAUUGGGGGUAGGUACAAAAUAUAGUUUCCAAACUUUUUAAAGAUACAUUUUGAUAGAAAAUAUACUUGACCCUUAUAUAUAUUUUCUCUCUGUAACAGAGUCAAGGUGAUUUUGAAAAAUUAAAACUAUCAUUAAGUUAAGAUCUCGUAAAUGCAAUAAAAGAAUGCUUGAGCACGAGAACCUCACUGUGUACAGAUACUAAUAGUUUUACGCUAUAAAAUCUUUUUUUUAACACAAAGGCGUAGUAGUCCAGCUAGUUUCACAUAUUAGUCGAAACGGUAUCACAUGUGGAUAAUCGAUGUCUUUCCAUAAUAAGGAUGACCGAAAUUUCUGUUUACCAACAUUAUCGUGUAUUACAUGUUCAUGUAUCUUAGAAUACACGUCAAAGAAAGUGAUGAAAUAUUUUUUAAGAAUGCAAUGAAAUAUAUUUCGGAGUUUUAUGAUAAAAUAAAAUCUAUGAGGAAGGACAUUGCAGACCAUAUAAAUUUUUAAAUAUUAUUGAUUUGCAAGAUCUUAUGUAUCAGAUACUAUAUUAGUAUAAUAUUGAAAUUAAAAUGUAUGCUAAUGAAUAAUGAUAGUAACAUUGAAUUGAAGAAAAGGUCCCUUUUCGGAUUGAAGGAAGAAAGUUUAAAAAUGAAGCGUUCUUACACACGUCCUGUUACAUACACUUUAAUUUCAUUUUACAGACAAAUUACCUUUUCACGAUUUGCAAAAUAAUACUAUACAGCACGAAGUGUAAAAAAUUUUCACCGAAAUCGCAUUAUUUCACACUGAGGUUGAACAAGAAAGAUGUUUUGUGAGAAAUAAAAAAAAAUGUGUUGAAUAGGAACAGUGAAAAUUGGAUUUUUAAAAAUUAUCAAUUCAGAAAUCCUAUCUGUUAGGACUACUUACUGUGCACG